AUUUCUUACGCAUGCGCAGAACAUCUCGAAAACAUGGCGUCCUCCAGUGAGAACCCUGAGAACACCGAAAGUUUCCUAAGAAAGCGACGUGGAAACCCGCUCGUUCCAGACAGUCUUUCACACGACAGAUGCAGCGAGACAGCGCCAGACGAAGACGCUAACAAAUAUGAGAAGAAAGUGUGUGUAUCGACACAGACCGGGACCUACUGGCUCACGCGCAUCGCGCUCCUGCGAGCCAUUGCUUUCAUCUACUUGGUUGCUUUCACUGUGGCUUACAACCAGAACAAGCAGCUGAUUGGAGGAAAAGGCCUGAUGCCCUGCAAGGAUUACCUGAGGAGCGUCAAGCGAUAUGUGGGGGGCAAGAUUGGCGCCGCGGCCCUGGCAUACACUCCCUCGGUCCUCUGGCUCAUGGACUGGACUGACAUGGAUGCCAACCUGGAUGGCAUCGCUCUGGCAGGAAUGGCACUUUCAGGGUUUGUCCUGUUCAUGGGAAGUGCCAAUAUGAUCAUUAUGGGAAUACUGUGGAUCCUGUACCAUUCUAUUGUGAAUGUCGGACAGCUUUGGUACUCUUUUGGUUGGGAAAGCCAGCUUCUGGAAACAGGUUUCCUCGGGAUCUUCUUGUGUCCGCUGUGGAGUUUGUCCCAGAUGCCUCGUCUCUGCCCGCCUUCACUGAUCAGCAUCUGGACCUUUCGCUGGCUCGUCGUCCGCAUCAUGCUGGGAGCGGGUUUGAUCAAGAUUCGAGGCGACCGGUGCUGGAUGGAUCUCACAUGCAUGGACUAUCAUUAUGAGACGCAGCCGGUCCCGAACCCCGUGUCCUAUUACAUGCAUCAUUCGCCCUGGUGGAUCCAUCGCUUCGAGACUCUCAGCAAUCACUUCAUCGAGCUCGUCGUGCCCUUCUUCACCUUCAUGGGCCGCCGGAUGUGUCUGGUCAACGGCGUCCUGCAGAUCCUCUUCCAGGUUGUUCUGAUCAUAAGUGGGAAUCUGAGUUUCCUGAACUGGCUGACCAUAGUUCCCAGUCUGGCCUGUUUCGAUGACGCUGCUUUGGCUUUUCUCUUCCGCCGCUCUGGAGGAGCCAGAAAGACUUUACUGAAGAUUCAGAGCGAAGAAACGGCGGGUCACGGCGGGCCACCGGCCACCAAAGGUGUGUUGAUCAGACGUGUGCUGAACGUGUCUCUGGGUCUCCUGAUAGCGUAUCUGAGUGUCCCGGUGGUGAUGAACCUGCUGAGCUCCAGACAGGUGAUGAACACCUCGUUUGACCCGCUGAGGAUCGUCAACACGUACGGAGCCUUCGGCAGCAUCACGAAGGAGCGAACGGAGGUGGUGUUUCAGGGAACGAUGAGUGUAAACCACACCGGAGAGGAGGUGAUCUGGGAAGAGUACGAGUUCCUGUGCAAACCUGGAGCUCUGGACAGAAGACCGUGCCUCAUCUCACCGUAUCACUACCGACUGGACUGGCUCAUGUGGUUCGCUGCUUUACAGACGUACGAGCAGAGCGAGUGGGUGAUUCACAUCGCAGGACGACUGCUGGCAAACGACUCCACGAUUCUUUCCCUAAUGGCACACAAUCCAUUCCAGGACAGAGAGAAACCCCGGUGGGUUCGAGGAGAGCAUUUUCGCUAUAAAUUCACACGUCCCGGCAGUAUCAGCGCCGCUCAGGGGAAAUGGUGGAUCAGGAAGCGAAUCGGACCUUACUUCCCCCCCGUCAGCCUGGACGGCCUCAGGAACUACUUCCAGUCCCGGAACUGGCCUCUGCCUGACUCCGAGUAAACCGCCUUCACACACACGACAUCUGGGACGUCCGGGAACUGGCCUC